AUGAAAGUCAAGUACCAAGGUAAUGCACGGGUGAAAUGGGCUCAAUUACAACACCUUCGAAGAGAGUUCGAGACCUUGGAAAUGAAGACGGGGGAAUCGGUGACCGAUUAUUUUGGACGGGUAAUGAUUGUGUCCAAUGAUAUGCGGAACUGUAGUGAAGAAAUGGAUGACGUGAAGAUUGUAGAGAAGAUCUUGAGAACUCUCACAGAUAAAUUUAAUUUUGUUGUCUGUUCUAUUGAAGAAUCAAAGGACAUCGACCAACUAACGGUCGAUGAAUUGCAGAGUUCUUUACGGGUACAUGAACACAAGUUGAAAAGACGAGGCGGUGAAGAACAAGUCCUUAAAGUGGAGUCUCAUUCGAAUUAUGGCAGAGGCAGAGGUCGAGGCUGA